AUGGUGAAAUUCCGGGGAAUAGAGGUCAAUGUGAUCUCCCAGUUCGACAUCUGCAAACUCCCUGAAUUCGCCGCCACCACCUUCAACCACACUGAUCCCUUUGGAAUCGCCAAUCGUCCUGAAAACCAUGCGCCGCCCUCCUACCCAACGGCCGCAUGCUACAUCCCCAUCUACCCCGGCAGUCAGAUCUGGUUGGAGCACACCAUCGACGGACCUCAUCCCGCCGAGGCGUCGUAUUUCUUCAAGUUGUUUGUCAAUGACAAGGUUGUGACCAGCUGGGACUGUACUGCCAAACAUGGAUUUCAGGGAAAGAUGAUGUAUAAUCUUGUCCAUGAGGGCGGGGGACAGGUGAAGAGGCAGGCUCUAAAGUUUGGGGAUGGCAUGGGGAACAGGCAGGGAGAGGAUGUCAUGCGAGUCCAUGUCUACAGGGUCGAGAAGAGAGUGAGGGUGAGGGAGAUCGAGCAGGAUACCGGCAGGGUCAACAUUGGUGCCUGUCGGCCUGAUGGAUUGAGGUAG